AGAGAAGGCAGUCUACUCACAGGUGGCACAACAGUGACAACACUGAGACAGCAACCUCAUCGCACAACACAUCAUGUGGAACUUCAUCGUGGUUCUCGUCCUUCUGACGGCUGGAUACAGAGCACAGGUCUAUGACAACAAUCCCGAAGGUGUUUUGUUUCGUGUAUGUCCUUAUAGACAUGUUGUGUCUCAGAUUAAAAGCUCCCACACUGACAGUGAUCGCCAAUGGAAAAUUGAAUGCAAUACAGAACUGAAUGCUUUGGACAGUACCAGGCAGUGCUACUGGUCAAGUUUCUACAAGUUAUAUGAGCAAGAAAUGAGCUUCAAUUGCCGGGCCAAUGGUGUUGUUGCUGGCGUCUACAGCGAUUACAGUGGCUCACAUGGAGACAGAAGAUGGAUUUUCCUCUGCUGCACUUCUCCAAAACUGAUCACAUUCGAAUGCCGGGAAACCCCAAUGGUCAACUACUGGAAUGAAAACUUCAACUGGCAUGUCCCUGGAGACAACUUACUAACAGGUGUCCAGACCCACAAUAAGAAUAACAAUGGAGAUCAUCGCUGGAGUUUCAGUUACUGCAGAGGAAUAACAACAGAUGACCUGGCAGUCAGUUCACAGAUCCUCUCUGCAAACAGUCCAAUGGAAAACCUAUUGACUGAAGGAGAUGUUAUGGUCCCAAGAACAAGGAAUGCAAGAGUCUGUGGAAACUGCAGAUGGCCAAAGUCAAACCAGGUGGUUCAAGUUCCGUACACCAUAAGUGAUGCCUUUAGCAGCUCCGAAAAGGUCGCGAUUCAAAAUGCUAUCGAUGACUUCCACUUGAGCACCUGCAUUCGCUUUACUCUCCGCACAGGCCAGACCAGCUACAUCAGCAUUGUGAAAAAAGUAGGAUGUUGGUCACUAAUUGGAAGAAGUGGGGCCACUCAAGAAUUAUCUCUUGGUAAUGGAUGCAUUAAUAAUGGCAUCAUUCAGCACGAGCUCAUUCACGCACUCGGCUUCUGGCACGAGCAAAGUAGAACCGACAGGGACAUUUACGUCAAGAUCAACUAUGAAAACAUUUUGAGCGGACGAGAAAGGAACUUUCACCUUCUUGAGACAAACAACCUCAAUGUUCCAUAUGACUACUCCUCUGUUAUGCAUUACGGAGCAAAGGACUUUUCAAAGAACGGACGAGACACCAUCACUCCCCUCUCACCCACAGCAACAAUAGGCCAGAGGAUCCGCAUGUCAGACAAUGACAUUCUGAAAAUCAACAAGGUUUACAGCUGCAGGAACUACCUGCAUAAGAAUGGCGAGUGGGACAAUGAGUUGGGUGGUGUUUUGAGCCGCCAGUGCCCCUCUGGCCAAGCUGUUUCCGCCAUCAGAAGCUCCCACAAUGACGACAAAAAUGAUCGCCUUUGGGGGAUUUCGUGCAAGGCUUUCAAGGUAACCAGGACAUGCCAAUGGUCAAGAUAUGUGAACGAAUAUUGGGGACACAUGGACUUCAAAUGUGCAAACAAUGAAGUGAUUGCUGGGGUCCACAGCGUCUACAACUCCAUCAUGGGGGACAGGAGAUGGAAGUUCUACUGCUGCAGUGCUCCUGGUUUUACCAUGGUCAACUGCAAAGACGAACCACUGGUCAACUACUGGAAGGAGUACUUCAACUGGCCAGUCGCCAGCAGCAACUACCUGACCGGAGUGAAAAGUUAUUUUGAUAGUCAAACACGCGAUCGCCGGUGGAGCUUCACAUACUGCCAGAGGAAUCUUCCGUGAAGCUUCUCUGAAAGAUAAGAACCCUGACAAGAUUUGCUGAUGUACAAUGAUAAUACCCCAAAUGGAUAACUGUAUAAUCUCAAUUAUCAGUGAUUGAGAGCGUCUAAAGGUACAUUUGAGUUAACCAACUAAAACUCAUGACCGCAAAGGCCACUGGGAGAUUUUUAGUUAAGCAUGGCGCAUUUGUUUAAUGCAUAUUAUAGUAAGAAUGAAGGAUGAUGUUAUAUUAUUUUCAUGAGCCCAACUGGGUUGGUCAAUAUUGGAAAAAAAAAAUCUAAAUCAAUUUAUUGAUUGCUAUCAAAUUCUGUCUGCCACCUGCGAGUUGUAACAAGAAAUUUUAAAGACUCCUUGCACUUUAUUACAGCAGCAACUUUGUAACCAUCACUUGUGGGGUUAUAAUGGCCUGCAUUUAUCAAGAUCAGAAGUGCUGAUGUAAGAUCAUUAAGAAAGUGCCCCUGGCCAUCUCCUUCCAUAAUGACCUGAACAGAGAAACUGGUCUCGGAGCUGCACUCCUGCUGCACUUGUGAAGGAAAACAAAACCCUCAGUGUGGUUAUAGUGUGCUGAUGCAAAGGCUCAAUGAUAUUUGUUUUUCUUGGGAGUUGUCGCCUGUUUCUACAGGAUCUCAGGCUGGUGGUGCUGUGUAAGUUUAGCGUAGCCGGCAGGGCAGAUAGGUGAGUGGUUUUAACUGUUUUAUGUCUCGUUACUCUCCUGGUCUUGGGGUUGUAAAUUUAGAUACUUGCAUAACCUUUUUUUGCAAUUAACUGUUGAUCUAGAUUAGAUCACUGGGUCAUUCUUUGUGACGUAAAAUAUGCUUUUAUGAAGAAAGAUUAUAUAAAUGAACAAAUAUAACAUUUAGUUAUGAAUGUAUAAUAAAGUACUACUUGAAGAAUGAAUGUAUUGAGAAAUUUUGUGCAAACUGUACAUUACAAGACUUGGACAAAGCACUGUAUUUGUAAAGCUGGUAUUACGUAGAAAUAAAGUCUAUAUGAAAUACAA